AUGGGGAUGGGUGGCGUGGUUCCUGGAAAAACUUUGUUUGAGUCUCGAGGUUAUCGGGGAGGUGAGGCUCAGGAGGGCUCUGGUUUCACUUUGGGCAUCGAGUCAUUUUUGAUGUCGGGAGGAAGCCACGAGGUUCUCCUUCUGGAAGCCAGUAACCGUCUCGGAGGACGCAUCCUGACCCACAGAGAAGAGGACUGGUACGUGGAGCUGGGACCCAUGCGUUUGCCCAAACAUCACAGACUUGUGCGUGAAUUUAUUAAAAAGUUGAAUCUGAAGCUGAACCCAUUCUAUAAUAGCAACAAGAUGGGCUGGUAUUUGGUUAACAACGUCAGGGCACGAGCUGGAGAUGUCGAACAAAAUCCUGACAUCUUGCAAUACCCGGUGCAUCACUCCGAAAGAGGAAAAUCUGCCAGUGAGCUUUAUAACCAGACACUGGAUAAGGUGACAAGCAACUGCAGUGCUCUGAAGGGGAAAUACGACUCCUUUUCCACCAAGGAAUAUCUGAUCAAGGAAGGAAAGUUGAGUCAAGGGGCCAUCCGCAUGAUCGGGGACGUGUUGGGCAAAGAGAGUCUAUUCUACAUGUCCUUCCUGUCCUCCGUCAUAGCCUUCUUCAGCUUCUCUGAGAAGAGUUACGACGAGAUCACCGGGGGGUUCGAUCAGCUGCCGGAGGCGUUCUACCAGGACCUCCUCGGAGAGGUCCAAUUUAAUUCGCCGGUUGUGAAGAUCAUCCGUGGCAAGGACCACGUGAGAGUGCUUUACCGCCAGUCCCACGCCGCCAUCCCCCGCCCGGUGCCGGCCGACUACGUCCUGGUCACCGCCACGGCCAAAGCUACCCGGCUGAUUCAAUUCUCUCCGCCUCUUUCUGCUAAGAAGACGCAGGCCUUGCGUUCCAUUCACUACGUCAGAGGCACUAAGAUUUUCCUGGUCUGUUCGGAGAAAUUCUGGGAGAAGGACGGAAUCUUUUACGGGAAGUCGAUUACCGACCGCCCGGCCCGAUCCAUCUACUACCCCAACCACAGCUUCGACAACAGGACGGGGGUGAUCCUGGCUUCCUACACGUGGGGGGAUGAAGCCGAAUUCUUCCUCCCUCUUGACGAUGAAAGGUGCGUGGACGUGGUGCUGGCUGACUUGGCGGCCGUCCACCACGUGCCCCAGAAUUACAUCCGGAACGUCUGCAGGAAACACGUGGUCAAGAAAUGGGGCCUGGACAAAUAUUCAAUGGGAAGCUUUGCCUUAUUUACACCGUACCAGUAUUCCGACUACAGCCAAGCUCUGUUUCAGAACGAAGGGAGGGUGUAUUUCGCAGGAGAACACACCGCCAUGCCUGCCGGCUGGAUCGAAGCAGCCAUGAAAUCCGCCGUGAGAGCCGCCGGGCGCAUCCACAGCGCUAUCAAGGCAGGCGGCAGGCAGACACGCUGA